AUGCACACAUAAGCUAUGUCAAGCCUUUCCGCCAGUCAGUCCUGGGUGCUUUCUCAGAAGCCAGCAGCCUCCCUAACACGUCCUUUACAGUGGGCUUAGAGCAGUGGAUUUCAAAGGAGCUUGUUACAAAUGUGUUCAAGAAACGUAGCGUGAGGAGCUGCCGCAUGUCUGCCCGCCUGAUUAGGAGAAACAAGCAGACAUACAGCACCAAACCCACUAACCUGAAGGCCCGCAACUCCUUUCAACGGGCUGAUGCACCGCAAGAUGGUGGGCAUGGAGCCGGCGCCCGAUGGCAAAGGCGUGGCAGUCAUCAUGCAGCGAAGAUGGGCCAGCGAAAGCCGGCCGCCUCCUCCGUGCGGAGCGGCUUCCCGCACCUGAUCCGCAAGAACAAGCACCGUCGGGAUCCGCGCAUGGACGCCAUUGGCAGGGCCAGCUCCAUCCUGCGCAGCCAGAAGCAGGUCAAGGUGAAGAGCAAGGGCCCGCCCCACCAAGAGCUCCAGAGAGCCCCUCCCUCUAAACUUAAAGCAAUAAAGCUCCCUUCUGCAUGUGGCUGCUCAAAGGAAGGAAGAACUGGAGAUUCGGUUCCAUUUGCCAGCUACGUUUCUCAUUUAAAUGAAAACGUUGCCACACUGUUUAACACAGCCCUCUCUUGCCAGUUUACUUAGCAAUGUUGGACUGCUUGUUCCCAUGGUGCCAUGGCUGACGCGUCAAAGCUGGUGAACAGUUUCUGGAAAGCAACGAUGAGCCAACCUGCUGCUAGAUUAAAGAAACUGCACCCCACAAACUCUGCGUGAUCUUUGGGAAACACAUUCUGCCAAUGAACCAUAAUUCAUGUU